AUGUUUGGGAAACAAGACAAAAUGGACGUUAGAUGCAGUUCAGAGACUGAAGCUAACCGGGUCUCGAAGAACGGACAUAAAGAGGGCAAGGAAAGCAAAGGGUCUGAAGGAAAUAUUUCUACUUCUUUUUUGAAGGAUCAGCAAGGGACUUUUUCUGCCUCUGCAGCUACGGAAGAUUGUAAUAAAAGUAAAUCUAGUUCGGCUGAUCCGGACUAUUGCAGGAGGAUCCUAGUUAGAGAUGCCAAAGGUUCAAUCAGAGAGAUUAUUCUGCCUAAGGGGCUUGAUCUGGACCGUCCCAAGCGGACCCGCACCUCCUUCACGGCCGAGCAGCUCUACCGCCUGGAGAUGGAGUUCCAGCGCUGCCAGUACGUCGUGGGGCGGGAGCGCACCGAGCUCGCCCGCCAGCUCAAUCUCUCCGAGACUCAGGUCAAAGUCUGGUUCCAGAACCGUCGCACCAAGCAGAAAAAGGACCAGGGCAAAGACUCCGAGCUGCGGUCGGUGGUAUCCGAGACGGCCGCCACCUGCAGCGUCCUCCGGUUGCUGGAACAAGGCCGGCUCCUCUCCCCACCGGGGCUGCCGGGUCUCCUGCCUCCCUGCGCUACCGGAGCUCUGGGCUCGGCGCUGCGGGGACCCGGCCUGGCGGCGGGCAGAAAGGGCCGGAGAGGGAGAGCGGACGGGGUGCGGUUUGGCCGGGCUUUUUCGGAGCGGCUGUGGCCAAUGUCAAGCGAGGGAGAAGGAUUUCGGAGAGAGGAAGAUGGAGCUGCCAGGUGA